AUGGCUGCCAACAACAACCAAGAAAAGACCCCUGCCUCCUCAAGCUCUGCUGGUCAGCACAACAACGACAACAACUCCCAUGAACCCGUCCAAGAUCGUAUGAAGCGAUUGUCAUUGCAAAAGGAUGACAUGGAUGUGGACGAAGAAUCCCAAGCUACGCCUAAUCAAAACAACAACUCGUAUCGAGAAGCUAUCGAUACCAUGCAAGGCCUUGAAGACCAAAUUCAGGAGAAACUUGUAGCCUUUCGCAUCACUAUCAAGGAGAAGCAAGCACCCGAAAAGCAAACUCAAGCAUUCCAAGAAUUGGCAAAUCUACGCGAGCGAGCGGAAGAAUACCGCAACAUUUGCAAACAACAAUACCCUGGCCGAAUCGAGUUUUAUACAUGGGAAGAAGUACAUCAACAAAAACAACCACCUAGCAACAACUCGAACGAACACAUCGUGCCCAAAGAACUCCCGGCGUUGCAAUGUAUUGGAGGCGACCAUUGGCAUCCCACCAAGGCUCUUCACUUGUCAACCGAAAUGUUUGCAAGGGCUUUCGAGAACGAGCUCAAUGCUGCUGGCCUGGAUUACGACAAGCACUGGAGACGCCUGUUGCCCAAGUGUUUAAGCGAUGCACAAAACAUUUGGCUGACAGCUGAAAUAAAUGAGAACCCUGAUUUGACUUGGCAAGAAAUCCGAUCUCGACUAGUCACCAAGUAUGAUACACCGGAACAACAACUCAGGAGCAUGGAAAUCGUUUUCAACAUGAGACAGCAACCUCAAGAGGAUGUGGGCACCUAUGCUCGUCGUUUCCACCAAAGGUGCAUUGAAACAGGCUUGGAUCAAUAUCACAGACCAAUGAUCGUGGCGUUGCUCUCUUCCCUACGCUGCAAACAAGCUGCCUACAACUUGGUAUCCACAAGGUUCGCCACUGGGUUCACGCAACAAACAUUGGAAUCGAUCGUACAAUACAUUGCUGGUUUACAACUUGACCAAGAUACAAGACGUGUGCAUGAAGGUCCGACAACCUAUGAGCCACGCAUGAGAUAUGAGGGUACAUCAUCCCGUGAAUCUCAUUCCAGACAUACCAGACCAUAUCACAAUCGUUCACCUAAUCGAAAUCCAACAUGCCAAUAUUGCAAUCGAUCUCGCCUACGCGGCCACAAAUGCAACGAAUUUCGCCUAGCGAACAAUCUUCCUCCACUACCACACUUACCACCAGCUCAAACAAAGAUCAAUCGCUCAGCAAUGAUCGUCGAUACUACUUCUCUCAAUGACGCUCUUCCAUGUAAGCCAUCUAAAAACACAAAUGAUGUUGAUGAGAUCCUAAUACCAGUGACCAUAGAAAACAAACGCAUCCAUGCCUUAUUAGAUGAUGGCGCAAAUUUUUCGGCAGUAGAUAAAACGUUUUGUGAUGAAAAUGGAAUAAAGAUCAUACCUGUAAAAGGACAUAUACAACUUGCCUCUGCUGAUACAAAAGUCGCCCGUAUUGGAGUAACUGAAGAGCUGGAUAUAUGGUACAACAACCGCCACAUAAAACAUUCGUUUGAGGUCAUGCAACUUGCUCGUGAUAAAAAGGCUAGCAUUGGAAAGAACCUCUUCAAUGAGUUUGGCAUUGGGUAUACAGGCCUCGCAUUUACUUGGAAAGACGAUCUAUUGGAAGAAGCAGAAAAAGAAACAAAUGACGAACCUGAGACACUAAACGCGCCUGCCGGCACACCAGAAGAACAAGCCACGUUCAUGUCACUCGUGCAACCAUGCAUCGAUAAGAAUGGCGAAGUAGACAAAUACGCACUAUGCCCACUGCCACAGGCUGUUAUCAAUAUCAAUACCCCUGAUGAUGUAUACUGCUACAGAAGACAAUAUGACAUACCGUACAACAUGAGACCUAUAGUUCAAGAGUGCAUCGACAAAUGGCUCGAAAGUGGCACCAUCGUUGAAGUCCCAGCAGAUGCGGACAAUCGUUGGAAUAGCCCGCUAACCUUAGCACCAAAGAAAGACUCAGAGGGAAAAUUGACAGGACAUAGACCAUGCCUAGAUCCUCGCUUAAUAAAUCAGUAUCUUGAAGAUGACAACUAUAGCUUACCUCUUAUUAAUGAAAUCUUUGAUCAGCUUGCUGGAGCUUCUAUAUACACUACCCUUGACCUAGCCAGUGCCUUUCAUCGCUUCCCAAUUAAUCCUGCACAUCAGCAUAAAACCGCAUUCACUGCUCCAAAUGGUACACGUUACAUGUUUAGAGGCUGCCCAUUUGGCUUAAAGCCUAUCUCAGCAAAAUUUCAGCGUGUCAUGCACAUCAUAUUUCGAGAUCUCCCAUACGUCACAACCUUCGUAGACGAUAUCAUUGUAUACUCUCACACAAAAGAGGAUCACGCACAACACGUUAUUACAGUAAUUAAUCGGCUCACAGAUGCCAAUCUCAUCCUUCAACCUAAGAAAUGCUUUUUCAUGCAAAAGUGUGUCAAUCUCCUCGGUUUCUGCGUCGACAAGAAUGGUCAUAGACCCGAUCCACGUAAAAUCACAAAUGCACAAUCUUGGCCAAUGCCGCGUACCUCCAAAGACAUUCAAGCAUACCUUGGCUUCAUCAAUUACUUUCGUGAUUACAUUCCUUACAUCGCUGAUAUCACCAAGCCGCUGCAUGAACUCCAAUUUUCCAAUAACGUUGCAUCCCAAUGGAAUGAACGGCACACACAAGCCUUUAAUUUACUCAAACGUGCAUUAUUAGAAGCACCUAUCCUUAGCUACCCCAAUAUGAAUGAACGAUUCCACGUUGCGACCGAUGCAUCGAACGUUGGUAUAGCCGCUGUAUUAUAUCAAAAGUAUAACAAUCGCAAACACGUCAUCUCAUACAUGGCAAGAGCCUUAACCAAAUCAGAAAGAAACUACAUGAUCACCAAAAAAGAAUUGCUAGCUGUGAUUUUUGCUCUAAAGAAAUACCACAAAUACCUAUGGGGAAAUAAAUUUACCCUUUACACAGACCAUAAAGCAUUAACGUAUCUACAUCACCAAAAAGAGCUCAAUUCAAUGUUGACCAAUUGGUUUACCACGCUAUACAAUUAUAAGUUCGACAUCGUACACAUUGCAGGACGAUUAAACGGCAUGAGUGAUGCCUUAUCACGCCUCUUCCAUGAAGGCCAUGACGACCUCACACAUAAUACAUUGGAUGCACACGAAGAGAAUCACACUAAAAUAAGUCGAGCAGCCGAGCUAAUCGCCGAAAACACCUUAAUACCACCUGAGAAUGAACGACCACAAAUACUUGAACAAGCCCACCUAUUUGGCCACUUUGGCGCUAAUGCAAUUGUACAAGCCAUACAUAAUAACGGCCUACAUUGGCCAAAUUUAAAGCAAGAAGCUGUCAACUUAGUAAUGCAAUGCCCUGAAUGUCAAAAAUUCAACAUAGCUCAAAGAGGUUACCACCCACUCAAAUCCAUUACAGCUGAAUCACCAGGAGACCAUUGGGCCAUGGACUUAGCCAACUACGAAUUAUCAGAAAAAGGCAACCGCAACCUACUUGUUCUCGUUGACAUGUGUACACGUUUCUGCAUCCUACGUCCUUUACCAGACAAAGAAGCUACCACUAUCGUAAACACCCUCGUACAAAUCUUUUGCGACUUUGGCCUCCCUAAAAUCAUUCAGUCCGACAAUGGCAAAGAAUUCGUUAAUGAUCUCAUGAAACGUUUUGCCAGAGCAUCAGGCUUUGAACAUAGACUUGUACUACCUUAUCACCCACGUGCCAAUGGCUCUGCAGAACGAUGGGUACAAAAAGCUACGUUGUGUAUCAAAAAGGUGUUGAAAGGAGCCACCACCAAUUGGGAUUCAUAUGUACCUGCUGUCCAACUUGCUUUGAAUGCCAACGUUACAUCACGCCAUAAGACCCCACCAUUCACCCUCAUGUUUGCACGAAGGCACAAUGACUUCAAAGAUUAUACCAAUAUACCCGACUCCGAACCUUUGUCAGAGGAACAAUUACUUGAACGCAUACAUCACAUGAAGGAUAUCGUAUUCCCUGCCAUUCGGGAAAGCACAAAGACUAUCACUAAACGCCAAGAAGCAUACUUCAAUCGAAAACAUAAGAUGACACAAUAUAAUAUCGGCGAUUACGUGAUGGUUCGCUCUCCUGAAUUAUCUAGCAAAUUCGAUGCCACAUACAAAGGCCCUUAUCAAAUCAUCAAUACCACCAAUGCAGGGACGUCGUAUGUCCUUAAAAACUACGAGGGGGAAAUACUCCCUAGAAAUUAUCCGCCACAAUCGCUCAAACCAAUACAAGUACUAGAGCAUAUACCCGCUGAUGAGAUAUACGAGAUUGAAAGCAUCGUUGGACACAAAGUGCAUAAAGGAAACUUCUUGUAUCGAGUGCGUUGGAAAGGCUAUUCGGAAGAUGACGACACUUGGGAGCCACCUCAAAACUUUAAUGAUCCAUCCUCCAUCACCACAUAUUGGAGACGAAGAAACGAAAAUCCCCAAAACAUCUUAGAACGGCUCAAUCUCAAAAGAAAAAGUAGCAACCACCCACAUGCAAAUAAGAAAGCACGAUACCACCUCCGUAAUCAUCAAAGCUAUUAA